UUUGCAGAGGAUGGGGAGCAAGUCUUGGUGGAUGUGGAAGGGAAGGACCACAAACAAAUUUCACAACACAUCAAGAAGAUUCUGGGAAAAACAGAAGCAAUGUUACAAGCUGAAGCCCUAGCCAGGAUGCAGGCUGCAAACCCCGCCAACUUUGGGCCCAAAAAGUACUGUCUGAGGGAGUGUAUCUGUGAGGUGGAGGGCCAGGUGCCGUGUCCUGGCACCAAGCAACUGCCCAAGGAGAUGACUGGCAAAUAUCAAGCCCAGAUGGCAGCGUCGCAGGAGUAAGAGAGGAUUAUUGUAGAUUCACUGGACAUUACUAUGGUAUUUUGAUAUUAUGUUUGAUUUUAUACAAUUGCAUAAAAGGUCUACCGCUUUGCAUAUUUUGUUGUAAAUAUAUGUAACUAAAAGGGUCCCACUGUGCUGUUGCUGGACUGAGACCCUCCAGUCAACAGCAGGAACAUGAGGUUGUUUAUGCAGUCACUACCUUGCUCUAGUGUUAAAUAACUUAAUGUUGCACCUGGGGUCAGAUUUAUAAACAGUGCAUACAGAAACCAUGCAUCGCCUUUUUCCACACAUUUAUGUGUUUAUGAUGAGAAUAUGCGCGCCUUACAUAUUCUUCAGACCACACACAGUUUUAGCUGCGAUAGCUGCGGGUGAGAUGAAGGUAAAUAUUAAAUACAAUUGAUCGAUGUCACCUUACUGUAAAUCAUUGUUUUCAGGUUGCUUGCCAUUUUCUCUUAUAGUGUUAUUUUUUGAGGCUGCAGUGUUCUCUAAAAUAUCAAUCAAGGCACAUUUUCCUAUUUCUUUGACCAUUUCAGAUAUAACCUCACUGUUAAUGAUCAUUUAAUUUGAUCCUGAAUAGUGGCGUACUGUCGUAACCAUUUGAAACCUGAGUAAAUUGACUUGAUUAAAAAAUGUGGGAAGAAGGCAAUUUAACUUAAGCAGAAAUGACCUCAAACUUUGAAGGAAAUUAGUAAAAGGUACCAGAAAAUCCCCUGAAAAAUCAAAUUUUCACAAAACAAACAAAACAGAAAGUUUAAAAAAAAAAUUUUAAAAAAAGGAAAUGACCUAGGGAAAAAGUGCUAAAAAGUAGUAAUUCUGUACUACAAAACAGGAUUAGGCGUACGUGUGUCUGUUUACUCUUUUCUGUCUUUGUAUGAAAACACAGUUCUAUUCAUGAAUUCACAGAGGUUUAUGCGUCUGGCCCCUGGUGUUUGCAUGUGAUGUGGUCCGGUUGAAUUCAACACUUUCAAAUGCAAUUUACAUCCAGCACAGUGUCAACAGUGCAGUGUAAACAUUAAAAUUAAACUUAUUUGCUUGUGCA